AUGGCGCUAGCGGCCGGCAGUGAGAGCCGAGAGCCCGAGAAGAUGAGAUCGAUCUAUUCUGCUGGGUUGGUUGAUCUGAAGAAGGAAGCUCUUAGCUUAUUUAAGCUGAUUAAUAACUUUCAAUUGGCUAAGAUUAGUCGGUCGGCGAAUGUGGUGGCUCAUUUCAUAGCAAAGUUUAGUUUUGACAAUAGAUCCGAUGAGUCGCGCGCGAUCGCGAGGUACAUCCUGCGCAAGUAUAGGACGCCGGGGUCGCCGAACCUGCUGGGAGAGAACGGCGGCGCCAAGGGGGCGGCAAUGGUGGACGUGUGGACGGAGGUGGAAGCGGAGCAGUACCACCCGGCCAUCUCGCCCGUGGUGUUCGAGUGCAUCAUCUUCCCCGUCAUGCGCGGCGCCGCCACGGACCAGAAGGUCGUCGACGAGAGCCUGGAGCGGCUGAGGGGGGUGCUGGGGACGUACGAGGAGCGGCUGUCCGAGAGCAGGUACCUGGCCGGGGACUCCUUCAGCUUCGCGGACCUCAACCACUUCCCCUUCACCUUCUACUUCAUGGCCACCCCGUACGCGGCCCUCUUCGACGAGUACCCCAGGGUGAAGGCCUGGUGGGAGGACCUCAUGGCCAGACCUUCGGUCAAGAGGGUCUGCGCCAAUAUGCCCACCAAGUUCUAG